GCAAUUUUGACCUACCAACCAAAAACCAGUCAAAUUUAUUAUAUACACUUGUAUAUAAAUGACACUAACAGAGAGAAGCAUAAGCAUAAGAUUGAUUAAUCAAGUUUCAAUUUGCAAUUAUGGGGGGUUUAAUGUAUUUGUUUGUGCUGUAUUUAGGUAUUAUAAUCCAAAUUAACAACUGUUUUAGUAAUAGCAUGAUCAUGACAUGCUUGCCCAAGAAACAUGGUGCACUAUUCAUAUUUGGAGAUUCUCUAUUUGAUAAUGGAAACAACAAUUACAUCAAUACUACCACAGAUUAUCAAGCUAAUUAUCCUCCUUAUGGACAAACUAUCUUCAAGUAUCCUUCCGGCAGGUUUUCCGACGGACGCAUGAUACCCGAUAUUGUUGCUGAAUAUGUCGGUUUGCCUUUGCUUCCACCAUAUUUGCAUCCGGGUCACCCUGAAUAUAUCUAUGGAGUUAAUUUUGCAUCAGGAGGAUCUGGUGCACUAUCUCAAACAGCUCAAGGAAGUGUGAUAGACUUGAAGACUCAGUUGAGUUAUUUAAGAAAGGUAAAGAAAUUAUUGAGGGAGAAACUUGGACAUGAAAAAACAGAGGAAUGGAUGUUCAAAUCUGUGUACUUGUUUAGUGUUGGAAGCAAUGAUUAUGGUACUCUUCUUGAUCCAAACUCAGGUGUUCUUCUACCUGUUGAUCAUCAACAAUUUGUUGAUAUUGUCAUUGGAAACCUCACAAAUGUCAUCAAAGAAAUUUAUGACCUAGGUGGAAGGAAAUUUGGGUUGCUUAAUGUAGGCCCUAUAGGAUGCUCUCCAAGCAUAAGAAUAUUGGUAAAGAAUGGAAGAAAAGAUGAAUGCUUAGAAGAAAUUUCAGCAGUGGCAAGACUACACAAUAAGAAACUCACAAAAAUGGUUCAGAAGCUAGAGAAUCAGUUAGAGGGAUUCAAAUACUCAAUCACUGAUUUCUACAGUGCCCUUUCUCAAGUGUUGGAAUACCCUUUAAAAUAUGGUUUCAAAGAAGCAAGUAGAGCAUGUUGUGGAAGUGGCCCCUAUAGAGGAGAAGACAGUUGUGGAGGGAACAAAGGGAUAAAGGAAUAUGAGUUAUGUGAAAAUGUGAAUGAACAUGUGUUCUUUGACUCUCAUCAUCCUACAGAUAAAGCAAAUCAGCAUUUUGCCAAAUUGAUUUGGAAUGGAAAUGGAAAUGUCACAUGGCCUUACAAUCUAAAACAACUAUUUGAAAUUUGAGUGUUGUACCAAAACAAAACAAUGUUUUCUUGUUUUGAUUAGAGAGUAAUAUUGUUUUAAUGGGUUAUUGCUUUAAUGCUUUGUUUUCUUUGCAUCUGUUUUCUCUCUUUGCUUUUGCUUCUGCUUUGAAUUUCAUUACUAAGGAAACAGACUGAAAUAGAGUCUGUGCAACCGUAAAUACAAUCCAAGAGGAAAGUACAAUUAAAAAACAGAUCUAAAUCCAGUGAUAGACACACACAUCAUGCGCACAAUCCAGUUAACCCGCACACGAGAACGAAACCAAAUUGCAAAAGAUCUGAUGUGUGAACUGACCAACACUAAACCCAAAUUUUAAAAAUGGUUAAUGAACUUGAC